AUGUCUAACUUUGCUGGCUCAGCAAUUGCACAGGGGCCGUUUGUUGGCCGAAUCGAUUGUUGGUCAGAGUGGAGACCGACGAGGGAGGAGCCGCUCUGGUUACUUCUCUCAGGGGCUACUGAUCCACCAAAAGAAAUUGGAAUUUCUAAGAGAAGAACUCGGGAUGCUCAAGGAGAUAGAAAUGGCACAUUUAUAGCUGGUGUGACUCGUGAUUUAGUCAACAUGGAAGACGUAGUUGAAACAAAGCUGUUCAACACUGUUAAAGAUCUUUAUCUAACUAAGGAGGCGGCUCUCGGACAUAUCACAAGGCUCUUUGAAAAAUGCAAGCUCACGAAGGCCCAUCCUAUGCUGUACUAUACUGGCCAUGGUGAGAUUGGUACUGGAAACUGGUGCUUUUCGGAUGGGACAAUCAGUAUCCAAGAGAUUUUUGACAUGGUGCCUGGAGGUUGUUAUUUCCCAAUGAUCUUCAGUGAUGCCUGUUACAGUGGCCACUGGGCAAAUUUCUGUCUGGAGAAAGGUAUUUCUGGUUUCCACUGCCUAGCAGCAUGUCCGGAGUAUUCGACGGCUUUUGAUACCAAAAGUGUGUAUGUUUUACAUUGUUUAAUUAAUCUGAAAUCAAAACUAUUAUGUUUACAUUACAGCGGUGUAUAAUUAGAAGGAGGGUAUUGUGUAAAAGCUACGCACUACUAUAAGCGCUUCGUUAUUAUUUUUAAGAAAGCCGUGGAGCUUGCGAGGGCAUUAUCCAAUUUAGUGCAACUUCCCAUUGUUUUAGAACCAGCAGUUAAUUGGCUGCGGCCGCAUUAGCGGAAUUAAUUGACCCAGUUGUUUUUUAUUGAAUAAUUAACAAUUAUUCUUUGAAAUCGAGUUAAAUAUUCCCAACGCCACUAAUGAACGAGAUUGAAAAGAAUAAUUUUUUUUUUUUAGUAAAUACACACGAAGUGAUCUCGACAAAAUCAGAAAGGAUUCAAACAAUUAAAAAGUACGACGGAUCAAAUCAUGCGUGAAAAUUUUGCAUAAAAUGCAUGCCCGAAAGUUAGAUCUUUGCAGAAUAUUCAAACAUGGCAAUUCGCAAGUUUAUCACUUCGCAGACAACAGCGUAGUGGCUUAAAUGGAACCGUUAAAAGUUUGAACUGUUUUCUUACCCGAGAAGAAAAGUAGUGUUUUGCUAUUUUCUGUUAACGCGCCAGGUUUAAAGCUAUAAAAAGGGUUCGUUGCUUCUGGUUGUGCAAAUAUUAUGUUAUGUUAAUGUUAUUUUUUUUUUGUCAUAAAUAAACUUCGAUUUUCUGAAAACGCGCUGAGUUCACGAAACGGCCUUUUUGACUCGAAUAAACGCGAGAGUUCAAUAAACAUUCCAUCUAGUAAAAAAUUCAGCUAUAACAGUAAAUGAAAAACCUCAUUUUGAAUCCUUCGAAGUCUUUUCUUGCCUUAAAAAAAGUCAACCCUAGGAUUCUACGGACUUUUGAAAGAUCGUUUUCUCGAGACAAAAAUAGGAAAAGCGCCGAGCCGAGCUCACCCAUUAUCCACUCGCUCGAAGGUGAAUAUAUAUAUUAUAGUCCGAGAUAGCGAACCAAUCAGAUUGCUUAAAUCACCAAUAUCACUGAGUGUAUGUGGAUAUACUAACGAACGAUGUUGUUUUUUAACCCUAGUGAUAGUAGAAUAUAUGAAAAGAAAGCCCGAUAUAACGAAACCUCGUGAUAGCGAACAAAUUUUGCCAGUCAUCUUGGCCCUUUGUUAUACGACGUUCCACAGUAUAACGAGGUUUCGUUAUUUUGAGGUUUGACUCAGAGGUGAAGAAAAUCGUUCUUUAUACCGAUGACUUCGUUAAAUAGAGGAUCGUUAUAUCAGGGUUCCAUUCUACUGACAUUCUGCACUUUUCAAAUUGAUUCGUAGAUGAAGGAGGAGAUCUAACAUUGUACAUGACUGGAAACAAACUACGCCCAAGAACAGAGCCCAUAUAUAGUGGCGGAAAGAUACGUGACUUCCGUAUAACCAGUGGAUAUGGUACCGUUGAUUACACAGAUUUUAUCAGUAGCCAUAUUUUUAACAGUCAAAACAUUUUGAUUUCCCAGAGCAUGCAUGAUGGCUUCUUCUCUGGAAUUUUUGCAAUUUCAAAACUUUACAAUCCAAGACCUGUGACAAGUUGGGGAAUUAAAAGAAACUACGACGCGUUUCUUGAGUUCGUCAAUGAGGAAUGGAAAUGGGUUGAUGGUAAGUCAAAGGGGAUAUACUCCCUUGCCUGUGAUGAGAAGUUUGGUUUCGGGGUGUUCUUUAUGGAAGGCUAUGGCACGACACAAGUCAUUAUAGAAAGCACGGAUGAUAUAGAGAAACAAUGGGAUGACGGUCUUGAAAUAACUUCGUGUGCUGCCCUAGAUUCAACAUUUUACAUCAUCAUGACAGAAGACACUAAGGAAUACCAUGGAAAACAGCAGAUGUGGUUUACUCGUAGUACCUGGAGAGAAACAAGAGAUGAAAUACAGAAGGGAUACAAAGAAGGAAAAGCUAUUACUGGAAUAUGUUACUCAACUGGGCUAGAGCAGUAUUUAGUUGUUAUGACGAAGAUGCCACAAGGGCAGACCUACAGGUGGUUCGACACGACUGAAACAAUAGCCAUGAGUGAUGAGAAAUUUAAACAGGGAUUCCAUCCUACUAUCAUCUUCAAGGAUCCAACUGACAAUAAAACUUUAAGUGUGAUUACUAAGGAUGAAAAUAGAUCAGGUUAUGUACGUCGGGCUAACUUUAAAUUAAGGUAG